AUGAAAUUAUUAUUUAUUGCACUCCUAGUGCUAGCAAAUACAUAAUGGAUUACAUCGUAUUAGGCAUUCCAAUCAGAUGAGUUUGACUCACUUGGAUGGUACAUUCAAAAUUAACAUUAAGGCUGGGUGAUCUAAAAUUAAUUCGAAGCAACUACAGACAUAAUUACAAAAUGUAGUGGUAAGAAUAUAAUUGGAGGACUCAAGACUUUUGGGACCAAAAGCACAGCAACUAAAUUAAUAAAGAUACCACCUCAUUAUAAAUUAAAGUUCAAUUUGCAACUAUGGAAAAUAGGAGAAUGGGAAAACGAUGUAUUUUCAGUUUAUGUUGAUGGAGUUCCCUGGGAAAUGAAAUGGGGAUUUACAGAGGGUGGAAUUCGUUUAUGUGGAGGUUAGGAAUCAAAAAAUAGUGAUAAAGUUUUCGAUGUUGAAUUUGAUAUACUUCAUAAUUCACCUACUGUUACAACUGUUUUGGCUACUACUUCUUAAGGGAAAGCAGAUGUCUAGGCCUGGGGAUUUAGAUAAAUGAAAAUAUCAUUUAUUCCUUGUCCAUCAGAAUGUGGCAUAUGUCAUAAUGAUAAAGUGUAAGAAUGCAAACAUUGGAACCAAGAAGCUUUGAGUUGGUUCCAUGUAGAUACCAAAUUGGAGGGAUGGAAAUUGGAGAAUGGAAAACCUAAGGGAUAUGAAUGUUCUGGUAUUGUGGUAUUUGGGGGAUACGAAAAUAUUGGAGCUAAAGCUCUAUUGUCCAAUACAUUUACUAAUAUGGUGCCUCAUAGUAAAGUGAUGGUGAAAUUUACUUUUUGGAAGAUUGAUUUAUGGGAUAAUGAAUAAUUCUACGUCAAAAUUGAUGAUAAGUAAGUCUAAAAAUUGGCAUUCUAAAAAACAGAUGGAAUUGACUUGUGUGGAGCUUAAUAAACAAACCCUGGCUAUGGAGAGAAGAUUGUGUCUAUUGAGAUUAUUUAAAAACACUCAAGUCCAUCUUUAACUAUUUAAUUUACUACUUCAUUGAAGAAUGACCCUGAUGAACAAUCAUGGGGAGUACGUGAUUUCUUUUUGUUUGCUGCAUAAUGUACUAAAUUUUGCGAUGAAUGUAUUGGAACUGCUGAAAAUGAAUGUACUAAAUGUUAACCAACACAUACAUUGCUAGAUGGAAAAUGUGUUAACAAAAAUGAAUGGUAUAUCUUAUCUAAAGAGUUCUUUACUCCUGAGUAAUUUAAUAAAGUAGAUGGAUGGACAUUUUAAGAUGUUGAUCCUGCUGGUCCCAAUCCACCAUUUACUAAAUGUGGUGAUCUAGGAUUAGUUGGUGGUUACUUAGCUUUUGGAAAAAAAACAACAGUUCAAAAAGUGUUUAACUUACCUAAACAUGACUUUAUUAGAAUUAGAGCUACAGUGUAUAAGAUUGAUUAAUGGGAUGGAGAAGAGUUGACUAUGUAUGUUGAUAACCAAGAGUUUUGGAGUCAAUUUUUAGGAUGGAAUGAUCCUGGUCAAAGUGAUAUUUGUGGUAAUCUGAAUGGAAAUUGGAAAGAAAGAAUAAUGAAUAUAGAUAAAAUCAUCCCUCAUUCUUAAUCCGAAUUAACUUUGGAUUUCAAAAGUACACUUCAAAAGACAGCAGAUGAAGCAUCUUGGGGAUUUAGAGAGUUUUUACUGUUAUAUUCACCAUUAAAAGAAUGCAUUGAAGUCUUUAGUGAGUGCAAUUAUCAAGGUAAAUCCUAGAAGGUUUGUGACAAUCUUGAAUCCCUUAAAGACUCAUAAAUAGAUUUUGAUAUUAAAUCAAUCAAAAUCCCAGAAGGCUUGAAAAUCACUGGUUUUAAGAACCCAGGAUUUAAAGGAAACAGAGUAGAAUAUGAAACCAAUCAAGAAUGCAUUGAUAAGAUUGAAUUUUCGUUGAUUUAAAAAUAAUUGACAGGAAAUCUGAAAUAUUUAAAUAAAUGAUUGAAUUAAUAUGAAAUAAUUCUAUGACAAUUAAACACUAUAAA